AUGAAUUUUCAAUUAAUAUCUGGAGUGCCGCAGGGGGCAGCGUUUGAAAAAGUAAGCCGAAUAAGAAUUAAACUCGAAGAUACUGAAUCUAUUUUAGACAUUGGAAAGGUCCGCCUUCCGCUGAUACCCAUGGCUAGUGAUUAUGAUCCCAGAAAGUACAGACAACCCUCAUCACGAAUAAGUCCGUGGAUGGCACAUUUCAAUAUGGUGCGGGCAGUAUGUGGGCCAGGACUUUUGGGCAUGCCAGUUGCAAUGAGUGCCAGUGGACUAAUCAUAGGAUCGACAUUCACAAUACUUUCCGGAAUACUGCUUAUUCACAUGUACCGCCUUUUGUUGGACAACCUUAACGAAAUAAGCAGGCAACUGAAAAUACCGUACAUAUCGUAUCGGUAUGGAUUCCGAGCAGCUGUGUUGCAUGGCCCUCCAAUAUUCCAAUGCAUUGGCAACCAUGGCCCUACCAUAAUUGGCAUCUUCAUGAUAAUGAGCCAAGUGGGAAUUUGUACAGUUUGUGUAAUACUUACGUCGGACAGCUUAAGAGAUAUUGCAGACUGGAGCAGCAAUAACUCGGCACUUUUGGCACUUCUACCAGUUUACUUGGUGUUGGAGUUUUUAAUGAAAAACUUGAAACGAGUGAGCUAUUUAGGCAUAAUUGGUUUCGGACUCAAUAUGAGUGGGCUGUUAAUGAUAUUCUACCACAUAUUUAAAGAACCUCAGAGGCAAAUAAUUUAUUGGGAGGAAGGUGUCGGAGGAUGGUUGUUUACUUGGGGCAUGUGUUUGUUUAACCUCAGCGCACUAGCCGUGAUUUUAACGCUUGACAAAGCUUUAAAAGACCCAAAGAUUAUGACGAGCACCCUUGGAGUGAUCAAUAUAAGCCUGGGUAUACCAGUCCUGCUUUCAUUAGUAUUCGGCGCACUCGGCUAUUGGGCUUUCGGUUCAAUGGAAGAAAAUAUUUUAAGGGCUUUGCCCUAUGAUGAUUUGACAUCCAUGAUCAUAAUGUCAUUUUACAUUGUAUCGGUGACAUCUGCGUACCCCCUGCACUGCUACCCAAUUACAGGGGUGAUUGAAGAAAUGUGCAGGUAUGCUAGUGAUGAUUUUGUGCCAACGGAUGCGACACUGGAGGUCAUCAGGAUCAUCUGUAGACCUCUAUUUGUUCUAUUGGCGUUUACCAUUGCAUAUUACUUUCCAUUCCAAGGGCCAUUUGUCGCGUUUGUGGGAAACCUGUGCACGAGCAUGUUGUCCAUAGUGUUCCCGGCCAUGAUGGACCUGAGUCUUCGCUACGGGGUCCCGAACGCCUACGGCCCCUACAAUAUAUAUCUUAUUAAGGAUGUAAUCAUUUUUUUGUUAGGACUGAUCGUUUCUCUGUUUGGGGUAUAUUUCUGUGGCUAUCUUAUUAAUAUUAGGAUACUGUCUAACAAUGGGCCCAAAAGGGAUGUAUUUCUUUAA